CUCGGCCUGUCCCUCCUCUCCCUGACCUCCCGCCUCUCUCCCGACAGCGCCGCUGGGGACCCGCCGGCCCCUCCAGCAUCCCCGGCGGUGGUUCCGCUCCGGCCGCCGGCACACGGGACCCGAGUGACCUUGAGAGCCGGGAACAAGGGCAGCCCCGCCGCAUCCCGCCCGGGCUCGCCGAGGCCGAGGCAGCCCGGCCGCAAGUGCCUCCCCCCCCGCCUCUCAUCCUCUCGUAUUUAUUUAUUUAUUAAUUUUUUUUUUUUUUUUCGGGAGGCGAAAUCCCUGGCUCGCUCCCUCCCGCCCCCGCCGCACGCUUCCUGCCCCCUCGCCUGCGCUGGCUGCGGGGAAAAGGGAUCCAGCGAAACGAUCCCCAGCGCCGCCCGAGGGACUCGCACACCGGAGCGUCCCCCAGCCCGGAUCCCAGCGCUGUCACCAAACUGAUGCAUGAAAAAGCAGCUCCCCUGAAGAGCCCCGAGCCCAUGCACGGCCGUGAGAAACUGGAGGCAUCCCACAAGGAGAAGAGUUUGGAUUCCCUCGAUGGCAGCCUCCACCUGAAUGAAGCCCUGAAGGAUGAAGACAUCAAGAAAUGCCACCGGGAAGUGGCCGCUAGCAAGUACAACUCCCAGUACCACAAGCUGUUCAAGGACAUCCCGACGGAGGAGAGCGUGCUGAAAGUGUGCUCCUGCGCGCUCCAGAGGGACAUCCUGAUCCAGGGAAGGCUUUACAUCUCCCCCAACUGGCUCUGCUUCUACGCAAACCUUUUUGGGAAGGACAUCAAGGUUGUCAUCCCGGUGGUCUCCGUUCAGCUGAUCAAAAAGCACAAGACGGCUCGGCUGCUGCCCAACGGCUUGGCCAUCACCACCACCGCCAGCAGGAAGUACAUCUUCGUGUCCCUCAUCUCCCGCGACAGUGUCUACGACGUCCUGAGGAGAGUCUGCACACACCUCCAGGUUUCCAGUAAGAAGAGCUUGAGUUUGAAGGAGCUGACGGAGGAGCCCGAUGCCGUGUCUCUGGAGGUGAUCGUCCCCGAGGGCAAGUGGAGGAAAGUGUCACCCACUUCUUUGUCACUGUCACUGCCGGACGCCGACUACCAGUGCAUCCACCGGACCUCCGUCAGCAGCCUGAGCACCAAGGAGAGCUUCACCUCCGAGGAGCCCCUGGUUUCAGAAAGUGCAAUAAACACCGAGGAGGAGCUGGAGGUGGAGCAGAGCUGCGUGGCGGAGCUGAGACCCUCCGACUACCAGCUCCUGAAGAUCUUCAUCGUGCUCAUCUGCCUCCUGGUCGUGUCCUCCUCGUACCUGGCAUUCCGCAUCUUCCGUCUGGAGCAGCAGCUCUGCUCUCUGAACCGGGACUACCUCUCCCGCGGGCACAGGAGGUGACCGUGACCCCAGCGCUGGCUGAGGAUGGACACCGAGACCCUGCCACCCUCCCUGCAGAUCCCGGCGCCGUGUCCUCCCCGCCGUGGCCCUUGCGCGUGGCCUGGCUUUCCCUCGGCCGAUAAAAUGGGACCAAGCAUCUUCUCUCCUCCUACCGGCACCCGCUCCCGGCGGGACCGCCCGCCCGGCCCACGGCCACCGGUGCCAACUCCUCAUCCCACUGGAACCCUGUUUUCUCUCCGGGACACUGCUGCCCCGUAACACCGGACGAUGGCUCGGGGCUGCCGAGCGCUUGGAUCUCCCUGUAGGACUUGCUGCUAAAAUGGGCACCGUUUUUUUUUAUUUGGGACUUGGGUUUUUCUUGUUAAAAGAUGACCUAAGGCUCACGGGGAAUCCCCAGAAAAUGUGGAUGAGUUGCUGCUGCUGCUCUGGGUGAAGCCCGGGCAGCAGCUCUGGGCUGAACCUGCCUGUUGGUCCCCCUCUCGGUACCCAGAGAUGGGGAGAGAGGGGCCACCAGCCCUGUGGGGCAUCAUCUAUCCCUACACCCACGGGUAGGGGUGCAAACCGGGGUCCCCCCAGCCCCAUUGGGCUCCUUAUGGGCCCCCCAGCCCUUCUCUCCUGGACAUCUCGGGGUGCCUGUGUCUGCGUGUCUCCCUGCAAAGCACUUUAGGGUCCCCUGGACCAGGCGUCCUCACUGGGGACCGCACCUGGGAACGGUGCCGGACCAGGGCUUCGUUAGCCCCGCUCGCCUCGUUAAGACAUCCCGAAAGGAUCCGUGGCUGGCACGGGAGAGUGUCCCGGAUUGCCUCGUGUCCGUGUUACCCUCCCACCACACGGAGCCCAGCGCCGCAGGAUUCAUCCCGCAGCCUCCUCCGGGACCGCGCCGGGACGGCAGGUGACACCCCUGCGACUUAUUUUGGGUUUUCUUUCCAAUUUUUUUUUGGGAACUACAAGUGCUGAUGGGGCCAAAUCCCCAAGCCCUGGGGAAGAGCUCGCCGCUCGCUCCGGGCUUGGAAUGGCUUUUAAAUGAAAAUAAAAACCAGGAUUUUUC